UUGACUCGGAGUUGAAAAGUUAAGUUUCUCCAUCAUGACUCUCCAGAGACUGAACUCGUGUUCAUGAUAAACUGAUUUAUGAUAUAUAGAGAGAGAAAUGAGACGCAAGUUUACUGUGUCUCAUCGGUGGAUAUGAGCUUUACUCACACAAAUAUCAUUCAUUACAGUUAGAUAAACAAUAACAAUGUUACAUUAAAUAGUAAAUAAACUCAUUUAACAUCGCUGAAAAAACUAUUGAAACUACAAAACUGUUUCUGUCGAUUAAAACAACUUAAAUUCUUAAAACAAACCUUUAUUCAGCAGAAUCACAGAUCCAGGAGCGCUGCGCAGUCUUAUGACGUCAUGUCGUCACUCCAAAAUAAAAGUCAUGCAUCGUCUACAAUCAGAAAAAACAGUGACAAAUAUGGUACAAACGAUGUUUAAAAAAAUAUUUGUGAAAAAACAGAAGAAGGGAUGUUUUGAAAAGUUUUUUUUAUUAUUAUUUUGUUAAAAACCACAGAGGAGCUAUAUACUAUUUUUGGCAGGUGUUACAGAAACAUUUUUACAAAAAAAUCUUCUGAUUUAACCUUGAGAUUUGAAGUAUUAGAUAGCUUAGAUUUUUUGCAACACCAUCUACGAUGACACUAAUAAUUCUUAAUUUCUGAUAGAAAUACAAAAUCAAUCAGUAGUUAUUAAUAGAAUAAUGAGACACAAACCUUUAUAUUCUAUUGCGUUUGGCCCCAUUUAUUUAAUAGAUACAGAUUUUACACAUUAACUUUAAAGUGUAAAAAAGGCAACAGUUAUUUUUCAUUAUAUGAUAAACAUACUUUUUUCUAGAUCAUUUAAAACUUGUCAUUCUGAUGUUGUUUUUUUGUUUGUUUGUUUUUUAGAGAUCUGUGAUUCGUGAUGAUUCGGAUGAUCUGUUUGAAAAUUCCAGUGUAAACAGUAAAGAUGACCAUACAGACAUUCAAGAUGACGUCAGACGGAAUCAUGCACCAUUUGCAAUGAGUGAACAACAUUCUGCUUGUACCACAGCAUCAAAAAGAGCAAAAAACACCAGAGCUAGAGCGAAGAUUGCUGAGUACUCAGAUGGUUCGAGUGAAGAUGAGUUAUCUGUCAGUGAGGAAGAGUACAUUCCUGACACAUCAGAGAGUUACACAUCAGAUAGUAGCAUGAGCCUUACUGCUUCACCAAAAGGUAAAGAAAAAAGUUACAGACUUUGCCAGUCCUGAGCAGUUCAGCUGUGAACAGAAUCAAAAUGUUCAGUACUCAAAGCAGCGGUGACUUAGGGAGCUCCCAGAACCACGACAUAGCCAAAGUUCCUGACACAUCUUCCAUUCUUGACAGCGCAACAUCAGUAGUUAUCCCAACUAUAAUUAAAAAGAAAGGUGGAUUGAGAAUGUACAGCAAAAAACAGCAGUGCUUUUUUUGUGACGGUGCUUUUACAAAAAUUUCUAGACAUCUGGAACGAAAGCAUAGAAAUGAGGUAGAGGUAGCGAAAGCAUUAAGUCAUCCAAAGGGCUCAAAAGAAAGGAGGAUGCAACUGGAGUAUCUACGCAACAAAGGGAACUUUGCUUACAACAGUACUGUUAUUAAUACAGGUGCAGGACUGAUGAUUUCACGGAAACUGCCCAAAAAGAACCUGGAUGGGGAAAGUUUUAUGCACUGUAUUUACUGCAAAGGACUCUUCUUAAAGAAAACUCUGUGGCGACAUUUCAAGGUUUGCAAAUUCAGGCCUGGUGAUGAGAAGCCGAAACCUGGAAAAACCCGUGUCCAGGUUCUUUGUGGCUUUGCACAACCUCCCCCACCAGGAGUAACUCAUGGUGUUUGGAAGCUGUUAAAUUCCAUGAACCAGGACCAAGUGGCACUUGAAACUAGAAAUGACUGGUGCAUUUUAGAGUUAGGAAAGCAUCUUUACAACAAGUAUGGAUCAAGAGUUAAAAUGCAUGAACACAUCCGCCAAAAGAUGAGGGAGUUUGGAAGACUCCUAAUAUGUGCAAGAGAGGUAUCCCCCCUUACAUCUAUUAAAGAGCUCAUUCAUCCCUCAAACUUCAUGCAUACCAUCAAUGCAGUUAAAAGGGCUGCUGGCUACAAUGAAGAUACCAAUGUAUUUGAAAAGUCUAGUGUGGCUGUGAAACUUGGACAGAGUCUAGACAAAAAAGCAAUGCUCAUUGAGAGCCACUCUACUAUUAGUGGAGAUGAAGAGACAAAAGCUCGGCGAACACUGGAGGAAGCAAAAUGGAAUUCCCCACAAUUACUUCCAUUCACCGAAGAUGUUAAGCUCCUUCAUAUAUAUCUUGAUGAGCAAGAGAAGACCCCUCGCAAACUCUUGUUAUCGCAGCCGUCGUCUCAGCAAUGGGCAAAACUGGCCAAGAUUACGUUAACUCAGGUUAUGCUUUUCAAUCGUAGAUGAGAAGGGGAAGUGUCCCAGAUGCCGUUGUCUGCAUACAUCUCCAGCAACCAAACGGACGCUCAUCCAGAUAUUACCAUGGCCCUCACAUAUUUAUAAAACAAACUGUGUCAGUACUUCAGGCGUGUAGAAAUCCGAGGCAAAAGAGGCAGAAAGGUUCCCGUGCUUCUCACACCUUCCAUGCAAGAAUCAAUCAGCCUGCUUAUUGAAAAUCGGAGUAGGUGUGGAAUACCAAAUGAAAACCCUUUCCUUUUUGCACGUCCAUAUGCAAUGACGUUUUUCAGAGGCUCUGAUUGCAUUCGAGAAUUUGCUGUUGCAUGCGGCGCAAAAAAUCCUCAGACUCUUACUUCAACAAAGUUGAGGAAACAGAUCGGGACACUUUCUGAAGUUCUUAAUCUUAGCAACACCGAACUAGAUCAGUUGGCAGACUUUCUAGGCCAUGACAUUAGAGUUCAUCGUCAAUUUUACAGGUUACCCGAAGACACCCUCCAACUGGCUAAAAUCAGUAAAAUUUUACUGGCUCUUGAAAAAGGACGCUUGGCAGACUUUAAAGGGCAAAAUCUCAAUGAAAUCAACAUUGAUCCAGAAGAGGAAGUUACAGUGGACAGUGAUUUGGAGGAGUCCACUUCUAGUCUGAAAGGUAAUGAUUACAUAUUGUCAGUUUGUUCCAUUUAUGUUUGCCUAAUUAAUGGAACAUCGGAUACCCAUGUUUCUGUUGGCUGUAAAAGGUACAGUAGAUCUGUUUGGUUAGGCUAUCUGAAGAUCUUCAGGAUGCAUUGACAUAUACAUGGUUUAUGGUUUAAGACGGUAAAGGGAGGGGCUGAGGUAGUUAAAGAAGUAGGCCUGUAAGGACAGAGGCCCUUUCAAUUUAAGUAAAAGAAUAAAGCUGCAGAAAGCCUUCCGACAGUGCAUGGAGCAUUCACAUAAACACUUUCAUUGGUGCAGUGACCCAGAUUGGGACAGAUUUAUGGGGAUAAGUGUAAAGGAGACAGCAUUGCAACUGCUGGCAUUUGAAUAUUUACAAUAUUUAUAUUGUUUGAAUAUUUUGCUAACUUAACAUAAGUUGCUUAUAACAUAUAUUUGCCUGUAGAAUGUUGGGUAAAUCCCUCCCUGAUGCCUCAUAGGACCCAUUUUGCUACCCAAUUGACUUUUGGUCAGUUUGCACAUCCAUCUACCACGCCGGAUACCCAGAUUCAAGACCCACUUGGGGAGUGGUUUCUGGUAUCAGAGGUGGAAGUCAUUAAUUACAAAUACUCAGAUUACUGUAAUUAAGUAGUUUUUUGGGGUACUUGUACUUUUAUGAGUAGAUUUUCAAGCCUGUAUUUUUACUUGUAAUAUUCAUUAAUCCAUGUAAUCUAUUAAGUUACUUUUAAAAUCAUAGUUGAGUACUGAGUACAAUUUUAAUUCAUAUCCAAACCUUUUAUCUGCAUUUUUGUAGCCAGUAAGGUGAUUUGAUAGCAAAC